AUUUUCGCCUCAUGUUCCACUCUCACUCGCUUCCCGUCGUUCAUAGACUCGCUAAUCCUUGCACACCCUCCUGCAUGGGGUUUUGCGGAGACUAUCACGCUGUGUCGUAUUUUUAGGCGUCUUCUACGGGACAAAACGGGCUCGUCGGAAUCUCCGCAACGUCCGCACGGAAAUCUCUCAUAUACGCUCGAGGGCAUUCGCGCUUGAAACUGCCACUGGUCAACUGCCCCUUUCCUCUCUACCUGACGCUGCUUGAGGAUGUCUUCUGACGAAAAGGACGUAGAAAACGGCUUCCGAUCCCCUUCGCCGUCUACCGGCGCCGUCGAACGUUGGAGGACGUACCUCUUCCAAGACGUCGAUGGCAAGCAAUGCUCAUUCCCCCUGAUUUCUUACUGCUUCAUGACGGGUCUUAUUAACUCUGUUGGUUUCUCGGCGAUCUACGUUUGGAUGGCGUUCCAGACAGGCAACACCGUCCAGCUCUCGCUCGCAGUCGCCCGUCUCUUCAAUGGUUCGCACAACUACGAAUUCCAGCUCCCUGACCGUCUUGCUCUCUGCUCUCUGCUCACCUUCAUCGGGGGUGCCUUCAUCGGGCGCAUCGGCGACAAGAUGGGAAGCAAUACGCGUGCCUGGCUUGUCCUAGGCACGUUCAUUCAGACGGUCUUCACUAUGGCUGCGGCGAUCGCAAUCUGGAAGAGCGGAGAACCCGCGGUCGCGGACGCACGGAGUGACGUCGCGUGGGGAAGCGCGCUGUCGUUCGUCUGUGUUGGGUUUAUGAGCGCUAGUAUGGGCUUGCAGGGGAUCAUGGGAAAGAGGGUGAACACGCAGUUUACGACGACUGUCGUCCUCACUACGACCUGGUGCGAGCUCAUGGCCGAACCCUCUCUCUUCAAAAUACGCAAGCUCGUCAAGUCGCGCGAUCACAAGGCGGUUGCUAUCUUUGCCUGCUUUGUCGGUGGCUUCGUUGGGCGUGCGAUCCUUGAUCGUGUUGGCUCGGCCGGAACGCUUGGCGUUGGGACAGGCCUCAGGUUCCUGGUAACGCUCAGCUGGAUAUUUGUUCCUGCGAAGAAGGGUGCUGCGAAGAAGUAAGAGGCGAUACAGUUGGAUUAGCUUUCACGAUCCAAGAUAGAAUCAAGACUUGGAAGUACAUCCAUUUGUGUCACUGAUUACACGCUCUCCGCGUUCAACGCGCUAUACUACAUGAUAAUUUCAUGGCAUCUGAUCG